ACGGCUGGGGCGGGGAAGGGGCGGGGCCAGCCUCUUCGGCGAUGGCGGCUGUGUGCGGCUCGGGUCGCCUGCAGCGCUACGUGGUGGCGCCGUCCCGGAGACACAGCGCCUCGCUGAUCUUCCUGCACGGCUCAGGUGAUUCUGGGCAAGGACUGAGGAGCUGGAUCAAGCAGGUUUUAAAUCAAGACUUGACAUUCCAGCACAUAAAAAUCAUCUAUCCAACCGCUCCUCCCAGGCCCUACACUCCCAUGAGGGGUGGGCUCUCCAAUGUGUGGUUUGACAGGCUGAAGAUCUCUGCCGACUGCCCCGAGCACCUGGAAUCCAUCGAUGCCAUGUGCCAGGCGCUGACCGAGCUCAUCGAUGAGGAGGUCUGCAGUGGCAUCAGCAAGAGCAGGAUCCUGCUAGGAGGAUUUUCUAUGGGAGGAUGUAUGGCCAUGCAUUUAGCAUAUAGAAACCAUCAAGAUGUGGCAGGGGUAUUUGCUCUUUCUAGUUUUCUGAAUAAAGCAUCUGCUGUUUACCAGGCACUUCAGAAGAUGGAUGGUGUGCUCCCAGAAUUAUUUCAGUGUCACGGCAUGGCAGAUGAGUUAGUUCUUCAUUCCUGGGGCGAAGAGACAAACUCAAUGUUAAAAUGUCUAGGAGUGAACACAAAGUUUUACAGUUUUCCAAAUGUGUACCAUGAGCUCAGCAAAACUGAGCUGGAAACACUGAAGUAUUGGAUUCUUAAAAAGCUACCAGAAGAAAUGGAAAAACAAAAUGAAUGAAAUGAGAUUUGUUAAUAUGCAUGUACUGUCUUUGUGGAAAGUUAUAAUGUUAUAAAGCUACUGCCAAGACAAAAUGAUAAAUAAAAUACUGAGAUAAUUUAC